AUGAGGUUAUACAUCACUGUGUUGAUUGAGAAGAGAGACAGCAUUGCAACAGUAGUAAGAGAGGCAGAGAAUGAACUGAAUACAGACAAAUCAGCUGACAGAAGAAAUAACAUCUCACUGCAAGAUGCAGCUACUACUGCCGCGGCUGUAAGAGAUGCAGAAGAAGAAGAAGAUGUAAUAAUAAGAGCAGUGCUCUCACAGCUCAUUGAUAUCACUGUCUCUACCUUCAAUCUGGCUUUCUUGACAGUCAUGAAGGCCGCAGCCACAUCAUGA